GGUUCGGGUUCUCCAGUCCCCUCCACUGUCAGCUGAUGCGAUUCAAUUCAAUUCAUUUUGUUUGUGACUGUGAGUUUGUGAGUGUUCAUUAGGCCGGUUUGACGAUGAUAAAAUCAACAGUAUCACCUGUAGCUACCCUUCUACGAAGAAGCUAUUCCAACGUAGCUCCCACCACAAAAUUAUUCCUCGACGGAAAAUUCGUAGACUCAAAAACCACGGAAUGGAUCGACCUACACGACCCAGCCACCAAUAACGUGGUCACCAAAGUUCCCAAGAGCACAGCUAGCGAAAUGGAAGCUGCGGUAGAAUCGUCGAAAAAUGCCUUCAAGAGUUGGAGUCAAACAUCAGUUUUAACCAGGCAACAAUUGAUGUUAAAACUCCAAGCUGUCCUCAGAAGGGACCUCAAAAAAAUUGCCCAGAACAUCACUUUGGAACAAGGAAAGACGUUGGUAGAUGCUGAGGGUGAUGUUAUAAGAGGAUUGCAGGUCAUCGAACACGCCUGUGCCGCCGGAACUCUCCUCCAAGGUGAAUCUCUCCAGAACAUCUCCAAGGAUAUGGACGUAGUAUCUUAUAAACUGCCACUGGGAGUAACAGCAGGUAUAUGUCCUUUCAAUUUCCCCGCUAUGGUGCCUCUCUGGAUGAUACCGUUAGCUCUGAUUACCGGAAAUACCAUGAUUAUGAAGCCCUCAGAAAGGGAUCCUGGUGCGACUAUGUUAAUAGCAGAGCUUCUUAACGAAGUUGGAUGUCCACCAGGUGUAGUUAAUGUCAUUCAUGGAGCUCAUCAAGCGGUAGACUUUAUUUGCGAUAACAAAGAUAUCAAAGCGAUCAGUUUUGUCGGAUCUGAUGUAGCUGGAAAGUAUAUUUAUUCAAGAGGAACUGCCAAUGGAAAGAGGGUCCAGUCAAACAUGGGUGCCAAAAAUCAUGCUGUUAUUCUGCCAGAUGCUCACAAAGAAUCUGCAUUGGACCAAAUCAUCGGAGCAGCAUUCGGAGCAGCUGGCCAAAGGUGUAUGGCUCUCAGCGUAGUAAUUAUGGUCGGAGAAGCUCAACAAUGGAUCCCCGACCUAGUUGCUAAAGCUAAACAACUAAAAGUAAAUGCUGGACAUGAACCAGGAACUGAUGUUGGACCUGUCAUCAGCCCUCAAGCUAAAGAAAGAAUCUUGCGAUUGGUAGCCCAAGGCAUUGAACAGGGAGCCAAAUGUGCAUUGGACGGAAGAAACAUCAAAGUAGAGAAAUAUCCAAACGGCAACUUCGUAGGUCCAACAAUCUUGACCGACGUCCAAACUAACCAAGUAUGUUACAAAGAAGAACUAUUUGGACCUGUUCUUUGCGUUAUGUCUGCAGACACUCUGGACGAUGCUAUCAAAAUCAUUAAUGCCAAUCCAUACGGAAACGGAACUGCCAUUAUGACAACCAACGGGAACCAUGCCAGACAGUUCGUACAUGAAACGGAUGUUGGACAGGUUGGAGUGAACGUGCCCAUACCAGUUCCACUGCCGAUGUUCAGUUUCACCGGAUCCAGAGGCAGUUUCCACGGAGAUCUUCACUUCUACGGCAAACAAGGAUUAAACUUCUACACUCAGACAAAGACUGUUACUUCUUUAUGGAGAAAAGGACAAGUAGACUCUAGACCAUCAGUCAACAUGCCUGUCCAGAACUAAACAAGACCAAAUAUGAUAUUUUUUAGCUGUUAGGUCCAAAAUAAUUCAUCCGAUUUAUAAAGGUAUGGUAACAUGGUCUCGAAAAUAUUGUCACCAAUAAUGGUAGCUGGAAUAAGUUACGUUACAUUAGGUAAUUCUGGUAUAUAUUGAUUGCUCAAUUUUUUUUUAAAUACGUACCUUUGUAAAUUUGAUAAUUUCUGAAAAUACAUUUUAGUUGUAAAUUAAAAGUAUUACUUUUCGUAUCAUGUAAUUGUCUGAUUGUCUGUUCUUCAAAUGUCCUACGACUGUAAAUAUGAUGUAAACCUAUUUUUUAUAAAUUUCUUUUGAAGCCAUAUAAUAAUUUGCAUUUACGUAAGUUGUGUAUGUCAGAGUGAUGUCUGAGUCACCAAACUUUCGUGUUUUAACGAUAAAAGCGCUGCAAAUGUUAUUUUGUAUUGUUUUAAAUAAAGUUACUUAAAAAUUG